AGAGGCAGCAGUAAUCCAUAUUCUUCAUUUGGAGCCACUCUGGCGAGGGACGAUGAGAAGAAUCUGUGGAGCCUACCUCCUGACGUGUCCCACACAGAGGCAGACGAUGACAGAAUCUUGUACAAUUUGAUAGUUGUUUGUAAUCAGCAGGCCAAAGACUCAGAGGAGUGGCAGAAACUCAACUAUGAUAUCUAUACCCUGCAGCAGAUUCGAAGGGAAGUGAGAAACAGAUGGAAACACAUUUUAGAAUAUUUGGGUUUUCAAAAGGAAGUGGAUUCUUUGUUGUCAGUGACUAAACUUACCACCAUGAAUGAUUCUAAAAACACAAGGAAAGCUCGAGAGAUGUUAAAACUAGUGGAAGAGACCAGUAUUUUUCCAACCAGUUGGGAGCUCUCAGAGAGAUACCUUUUCGUUGUGGACCGACUUAUUGCUCUUGAUGCUGCAGAAGAGUUCUUCAGAAUUGCAAGUCAAACUUAUCCCAAGAAGCCUGGGGUUCCAUGUUUGGCAGAUGGCCAGAAAAAACAACCCUAUCUUCCACUUCCCAGUCCCUAAAGGACAAGCUCAAAAGUAGAAUGGAGUUCUUCCACUGGGACUCAACAGCUAGCCAAAGUUGGAUGACUGGAUGUAAAAGAGAGUGAGCAAAUACAGGGCUUGCUAAGUGAGAAAUGAUUCUGAAUCCUACAGCAAUGGAAGGUCUUUCUGAAGACUUUAUGCUAAGAAAUGCUCUGGUUACAUUGAAACACCCUGAUGCUUUUGCAUCUAGGAUAAAGUUAAAGAGUUGAUUAGUGGGCUAGUUCAUUGUGUGUGAUCAGAUUCCAACAGCCCAUUGCCCAGUUUUUUAUUUUUUUUCCAGCUUUGGUUUUGAAUGUAUAAUAAGCUGUAAUCAUUCACCCUAUUGGAGUGGGAUAUUCUAAUUGAUAAAACAAUAUGGUUGGGCCAGGAGAUAGCUCAGUAGAAUAAGCACUUCCCUGGCAAGCACAAGGGCCUGAGUUCAAUCCCUGGUUCUGAA